AUGUCGAAAACCCUGUCGCCCCGCCGCCUGCUGCCGGUCCUGGCCUGUGCCGGCCUUCUCGCCAGCGCCACGGCACAGGCACAAACGAGCUGGGACAUGUCGAUCGUCUGGCCGGACGGCAACUUCCACACCGAGAACGCCAAGCGCUUCGCCGAGACCGUCGGCGAGGUCACCGACGGCGCCGUGGAGAUCACCGUGCACUCCGGCGGCGCCCUGGGGAUCAAGGGCCCCGAGGGCCUGGCCGCCGUGCGCGACGGCCUGGUGCCGAUCGCCGAGGUGAUCCUGAACCAGCAGACCGGCGAGGAGCCGCUGUUCGGCGUCGAAUCCCUGCCCUAUCUGGCGCCGACCUCCCAGGACCUGGCCCUGCUGCACAAGUUCAUGCGGCCGGCCUUCGAGGCCCUGGCCGCCAAGCACAAUCAGAAGUUCCUCUACAUGGUGCCCUGGCCCGGCCAGGCGGUCUAUGCCGACCGCGAGAUCACCGAGAUGGAGGACUUGGAGGGGCUGAAGAUCCGCGUGGUCGACGCCAACGGCCACGGCUUCUUCGACCGGCUCGGCGCCGCGCCGAUCCAGCUUCCCUGGGGCGAGGUGGUCCCGGCCCUGGCGGCCGGCGCGAUCGACGGCGUGACCACCUCCUCCUCCUCGGGGGUCGACGGCAAGUUCUGGGAGUUCAUGGAUCACAUGAGCACCUUCAACUGGCAGGCCUCCUCCAACGUCAUGACGGUCAACCUGGACGCCUGGAACGCGCUCGCGCCGGCGCACCAGGAGGCGAUCGAGGCCGCCGCCGAGCGGCUGGAGGGCGAGUUCUGGCUGAUCAGCCGGCGGGAGGACGCGGCCAACAUCCAGACCCUGAAGGACAACGGCAUGAGCGUGAGCGCGCCCGACGCCGAGCUCAAGGCGGAGCUGCUGGCCGUGGCCAAGCCGAUCUGGGAGGAGUUCGCCGCCGAGGUGCCGGAGGCAGAAGCGGUGAUCGACGACUACCUGACGGCGCGCGAGGCGGCCUUCCCUUCGGAUCGGACCGCGGCGGCGGGCGCCCGCCGCCGCUGCGCCCGCAGAGGAGUCGACAUGCCCCGAGCAUCCGCCCCCGCCCCGCGCCCCGCCUUGCUGCAGCGCUUCCUCGGCGCAACCGACUGGCUGGCGGAAGCGGCCGCCGCCCUGGCCGCCGUGGCGCUGGCCCUGCUCUGCCUGCUGAUCCUGGCCGAGAUCGCCGCGCGCAACCUCUUCACCACCAGCCUGGUGAUCUCCUGGGAAUACGCCGCCUACCUGAUGGGCCUGGUCUUCUUCUUCGCCGCCGCCAGCGCGCUGCGCCAUGACGUGCACGUGCGGGUGACGCUAAUCUCCGAGGCCAGCUCGCGGCGCCUGCGCCGCGGCGCGGAGACGCUGGCGACGCUGCUCGGCCUGGCGAUCGUCGCCUACCUCGCCUACGCACUGGGCGAGAAGGCCCUGGAAUCCUGGCAGCGCGGCGCCCGCUCCUUCUCGGUCGUCGCGACUCCCCUGUGGCUGCCGCAAGCCGCCCUGCUGCUCGGCGCCCUGGUCUUCGCGCUUCAGCUCGUCGCCCGCCUGAUCCGGCUGCUGUUCGGCCUGGGCGACGUCGGCCGCCCGGAGGCCGGCGCACAGCUCUCCGCGCUUUUGGUCGCCCUGCUGGUCCUGCUGCUCGGCAUGGGGGUCUGGGUCGGCCUCGGGCUGAUGGGCACCGGCCUGGGCGCCCUGGCCGUCUUCAAGCCGAUGAUGCCGGCCGCCAAGCUGCUGGCCCAGCAGGUCUGGAACACCGCCACCAGCAUGGAGCUGCUGGCGCUGCCGCUGUUCAUCCUGAUGGCCGAGAUCCUGUUCCGCACCCGCCUGUCGGAGGCGCUCUUCUCCGGCCUGGCGCCCUGGACCCAGCGGAUCCCCGGGCGCAUGACCCACGUCACCGUGCUGUCCUGCACCCUGUUCGCCGCGGUGUCCGGCUCGUCCGCCGCGACCACGGCGACCGUCGGGCGCAUCGCCUCCGGCGAGCUGCUGACCCGCGGUUACGACCGGCGCCUGGUGCUGGGCUCGCUGGCCGGCGCCGGCACCCUGGGCUUCCUGAUCCCGCCCAGCGUGAUCAUGAUCAUCUACGGGGUGCUGGCUCAGGAAUCGAUUCUCAAGCUGUUCAUCGCCGGCAUCAUCCCCGGCGCGCUGCUGGCCCUGACCUUCAUGGGCUACCUGGCCGUGGUGACCAGCCUGGACAAGACCAAGCUGGGCGAUCCGCUGCCGCCGCUCAGCCUGCGCGCGCGCCUGGCGGCGACGCGCCACCUGCUGCCGGUCGGCCUGCUGAUCCUCUGUGUCAUCGGCUCGAUGUACGCCGGCAUCGCCAGCCCGACCGAGGCGGCGGCGGUCGGCGUGCUGGGCGCGGUGAUCGUCGGUCUGCUGCAGGGCUCGUUGACGCGCGCCAACGGCUGGGAGGCGCUGAUCCGCGCCGCCCGCACCUCCAGCAUGAUCGGGCUGAUCAUCGCCGGCGCGGUCUUCCUCUCGACGGCGCUCGGCUACCUCGGCAUCCCGCGCUUCGUGGCCGAGCAGAUCCGCGCGCUCGACCUCUCGCCGCUGGCGCUGAUCCUGGUGCUGCUGAUCUUCUACGUGCUGAUCGGCUGCCUGAUGGAGGGCAUGUCGGCGAUCGUGAUGACCCUGCCGAUCACCCUGCCGCUGGUGCUGGAGGCCGGCUACGACAAGGUCUGGUUCGGCGUCUUCAUCGUGCUGGUGGUCGAGCUGGCGCAGAUCACGCCGCCGGUCGGCUUCAACCUCUUCGUCAUACAGGGGCUCACGGGCGACCGCCUCGGCUAUAUCGCCCGGGCGACGCUGCCCUUUUUCCUGAUCCUCUUCUUCUUCACCCUGCUCGUCGCCGUGUUUCCCGGUAUCGCGGUGAUCGUCGAGUUCGCCGAGACCAUCGACCCGGCGGCCAACGCCCGGGUCAUCGCGCUCGACGGUCGCCUGGCGGCGCAGCCGGUCGCGGGCGUCGUCGAGACCCUGCCGACCUACCGCUCGCUGAUGGUGCGCUACGAUCCGCUGCAGACCUCGGCGGCGCGCCUGAUCGAGACCUUGCAGACCCACCUGGAGACCCUGGAGGCCGACCCGGCGGAGGGGCGGCUGUGGCACGUCCCGGCGGUCUACGGCGGCGCGGCCGGGCAGGAUCUCGACGCCGUGGCCGCCUACCACGGCCUGACCAGCGAGGAGGUGAUCGCCCUGCAUCUGGCCGGCGAGUAUCGGGUCUACAUGAUCGGCUUCAUGCCCGGCUACGCCUACCUCGGCGGCCUCGACAGCCGGCUGCACACCCCGCGCCUGCAAACGCCGCGGCAGUUGACCGCCGCCGGCGGCCUGGCGAUCGGCGGCCAGCAGGCCUCGAUCAACUCGGUCGCCUCGCCCAGCGGCUGGCGCUUCAUCGCCCGCACGCCGCUGCGGACCUUCGACCCGCGCCGCGCCGCGCCCUGCCUGCUGGCCGCCGGCGACCGCAUCCGCUUCGUGCGGAUCGGCGAAGGCGAAGCCGCGCGCCUGGACGCGCUGGCCGAGGCCGGCGAGGUGGUCGCCGAACCGGACCUCGGGCGGAUCGGCGUGCUGCGCCUGGGCAUCUCCGGGUCGGGCGCGAUGGACCGCCUGUCCCACCGCCUGGCCAAUCGCCUGGUCGGCAAUCCGCCGGAGGCGGCGAGCCUGGAGGUCGCCUUCCGCGGCGGCCGCUACCGGGCGGAGGGCGACUGCCUGGUGGCGGUGACCGGCGGCGACGUCGAGAUCCUGGCCGACGGCGAGCCGCAGCGGCCCUGGAGCAGCUUCCUGCUGCGCGACGGCGCCCUGCUGGAGAUCGGCAGCCUGCGCGACGCGGUCUACGGCUACCUGGCCGUGGCCGGCGGCUUCGAGGCCGAGGUCUUCUUCGACAGCCGCUCGACCCACAGCCGCUCCGGCCUCGGCGGUCACGGCGGCCGCGCCCUGACGGCGGGCGACGCGCUGCCCCUCGCCGCGGCCCCCGCCGCCGUCACCGCCGGGCGGCGCCUACUGCAUCCGCCGCCGCGUCUCGGCCCGGCGGAGACGGCCCUGCGCGUCGUCCCCGGCCCGCAGGACGAGCUGUUCACCGCGGCGGCCUGGCAGGACUUCCUGAGCACGCCCUACCGGGUCACCGGCACGCGCGACCGGAUGGGCAUGGUGCUGGAGGGCAAGCCGCUGGCCCACCGGGACGGCUACAACAUCGUCUCCGACGGCAUCGUCUUCGGCUCCAUCCAGGUGCCCGGCGCCGGCCUGCCGAUGAUCCUGCUGGCCGACCGGCAGCCGACCGGCGGCUAUCCGAAGAUCGCCACGGUGAUCGGGGCCGACCUCGUCACGCUGGUGCAGGCCCCGCCGGGCACGGCGCUGCGCUUUCGCAGCGUCACCGUCGCACAGGCCGAGCGGGCGGCGGUCGCGGCGGCCGAGGCCGCCGCGCGGCUGGAGGCGGCGGCGGCCGCCGCGCCGGUCGACCUCUACUCCUCCGAGCAUCUGCUGUCGGUCAAUCUCAUCGACGGCGUCGCCGCGACGCGGCGGUCGAUGGGUUUGCCUGACGGCGCUCUCCUUCCACAAUGGCGAAGGGGCGCGGGCCUCUUCUUGACUCGGUGUGUCAUUGGUAUACCAUGGGGAUGCCGCUCAAUGGUGAAACGAAAGAUUGAAGACGUGGCAACGCGCGAUCAGAACGGAGCGGCGGCCCUCGACGGGCCGGCCGGGACGGCGGCCGGGCCGGGCUGGACCACGCCCGGGCGCGGCAGCCUGGCCGAGACCGCCCGCUCGCGCAUCCUCGACCUGGUGCUCUCGCGCCAGGUCCGCGCCGGCGAGCCGCUGCAGGAGCGCCGCCUGGCCGACUGGCUGGAGAUGUCGCGCACGCCGGUACGCGAGGCGCUGAACCACCUCGAGGUCGAGGGGGUGGUGCGGCGGCAGGGCAAGGCCCUGAUCGUGCACGAGAUCACCACCCGCGAAAUGAUGGAAAUCUUCGCCGUGCGCGAGCAGCUCGAGGGCUUCGCGGUGCGCCUGGCGACGCCGAGCGUCGACCUCGCCGAGGUCGAGCGCCUGCAGGCGCAGGUGCGCGGGCUGACGACCGAUCCGGCGCCGCCGCCCCAGGAGCAUUGGGCGGUCGACGACGCGCUGCACGACCUGCCGGCCAAGGCGGCCGGCAACACGAUCCUCGCCCGCUACAUCGCCGAUCUGCGCCUGCGCACGCGCAUCUUCGACAUGGAGCGGCUGCCGGACCGCUUCCGCCCCGGCUGCGAGGAGCACCUGGUGAUUCUGAACGCCAUGCACAGGCGCGACGCCGAGGCCGCGGUCGCCGCCAUGCAGGCGCACAUCCGCAACGCCCGCAGCGCCUAUGUCAUCGCCGCCACGCCCUUCGACGAGGCGGGCAACCUCGACCUGGAUUCGACCGACAGUCUCGUCGACUUCUACCUCGACAGGGGCGUGCACGGGCUGACCAUCCUCGGCAUGAUGGGCGAGGCCCAGAAGCUGAGCGAGCAGGAGACGGAGACCUUCGUGGCGCGGGUGCUCAAGCGUGUCGACGGCCGGGUCCCGGUGAUCGUCGGCACCAGCAAUCCGGGCCUCGACAACCUGGAGCGGCUGUCCAAGCGGAGCUGCGAGGCCGGCGCGGCCGGCGUGAUGAUCGCCCCGCCGCCGCAGCUCAAGACGGAAACCCAGGUCCUGGCCUACUUCGACGCGGUCUUCGCCGCGCUCGGCCCGGACGUGCCGGUCUGCUUUCAGGACUUUCCCACUGUCACCGGCGUGCAUGUCUCGGUCGACACCCUCAACGCGAUGAUCGCGCGCCAUGCCAGCCUGGUGAUGCUCAAGCACGAGGACUAUCCGGGCCUGCGCAAGCUGACCGCGGUGCGCCGCGCGGCCGAGCGGGGCGAGACGCGCCGGAUCUCGAUCCUGGUCGCCAACGGCGGCCUGUUCUAUCCGCUGGAGAUGCGGCGCGGCGCCGACGGGGUGAUGACCGGCUUCGCCUAUCCGGAGAUGCUGGUGCGCGUCUACGAGCUGUUCGAGCGGGGCGAGGCGGAAGCGGCGGAGGACCUCUUCGACCUCCACCUGCCGCUGCUGCGCUACGAGUUCCAGCAGGGCCCCGGCCUGGCGAUCCGCAAGGAGGUGCUGCGCCGGCGCGGCGCCAUCCGCUGCGCGGCGACCCGCCAGCCCGGCCCGCGGCUCGACGCCGACGAGCAGGCCGAGCUGACCACCCUCAUGACCCGCCUGGAGCGCCAUCUCGCCGCCCGUCCCGAGCUGCUGGGCGACCGCGGCGCCGCCUGCGUCGCCCUGACCCUGGCGGCCCGCCGCGAAGGCCCGCUGCGCGAAACCGCCGAGCACCUGCGCCAGACCUACGCGGUGCCGGUCACCGAGCUGGCCGUGGACGUCACCAGCCGCGCGGGACAGGCCGCCCUGCUGGAGGCCUGUCCGGACCCGGACAUCCUGGUCACCAACGCCGGCGGCCCGCCGCCCGGCGACUUCCGCGACUGGGAGCGCGACGACUGGAUCGCCGCGCUGGACGCCAACAUGAUCGCGCCGAUCCUGCUGAUCCGCGGCGUGGUCGACGGCAUGAUCGAGCGCCGCUUCGGGCGGAUCGUCAACAUCACCUCGGGCGCGGUGAAGGCGCCGAUCGCGGCCCUCGGCCUGUCCAACGGCGCGCGCACCGGCCUGACCGGCUUCGUCGCCGGCCUGGCGCGCCAGGUCGCGCGGCACAACGUGACAAUCAACAACCUGCUGCCCGGCCCCUUCGAGACGGCCCGCCUGGAGAAGACCCUGGCCGGCGCGGCCAAGGCCGCCGGCAUCACCGUCGAGGAGGCGCGCGAACGCCGCCGCAGCGGCAAUCCCAGCCAGCGCUUCGGCGACCCGGCGGAGUUCGGGGCCGCCUGCGCCUUCCUGUGCAGCGCCCAGGCCGGCUACAUCACCGGCCAGAACCUGCUGCUCGACGGCGGCGUUCUCGUCCCGGUCGUCACGCCGUUCGAUGCCGACCUGGCGCCCGACAGCAAGCGCUUCGUCGCACUCUGCCAGGCGCUGCUCGACGCGGGGGCGGCCGGCUUGGCCGUCUUCGGCACCACCAGCGAGGCGAACUCGCUGACCGCCGGCGAGCGCAAGGCGCUGCUGCAGGAGCUGGUCGCCGCCGGGGUGCCGGGGGCGCGCCUGAUGCCGGGGAUCGGCGCCUGCUCCUUCAUGGAGACGGUGGAGCUGCUGACCCAGGCGGCCGAGCUGGGCUGCGCCGGCGCGCUGAUGCUGCCGCCCUUCUACUACAAGGGCGCGGCGGCCAGCGACGCGGGCCUGUUCGACUUCACCGCCGAGGUGCUGCGCCGCACCGAGGGGGCCGAGACCGCGCUCUACCUCUACCACAUCCCGCCGGUCGCCCAGGUCGGCUGGUCGGCGCCGCUGAUCGCCCGGCUGCGCGAGGCCUUCGGGCCGCGCAUCGCCGGCCUCAAGGACUCCUCGGGCGACUGGAGCAACACCCAGGCGCUGCUCGAGGGCUUCACCGACUUCGACGUCUUCCCCGGCUCCGAGGUCUUCCUGCUGCAGGGUCUGCGCGCCGGCGGCGCCGGGUGCAUCACCGCGACCGGCAACCUCAAUCCGGCCGGGAUCGACGCGGUGUUCCAGGCCGCCGCGCGCGGCGACGCCGAGGCCGAGGCCCUGCAGGAGCGGGCCAGCCAGGUCCGCCGCAGGGUGCAGGACGCCGGCGCGCUGAUCCCGACGAUCAAGGCCUACCUCGCGCUGAAGUCGGGCGACCCGGCCUGGGCGCGGGUCCGGCCGCCCCUGCGCGCCGCCGACGCCGAGGCGGUGCGGCGCCUCGACCGGAUGCGCUGCCUGCUGGUCCAACCCAUUCACCCGGCGGGGCGGGACCGGCUGAUGGCCGCCGGCGUCGAGCUGUGCACGCCGGCCUCGACCCGGCCGGCCGACCUGGCCGCGGCCCUGGCCGACUGCACGGCGGUGAUCACCCGCGACGCCGGCCUGCCGGCCGAGGCCAUCGCCGCCGCGCCGCAGCUUCGCGUCAUCGUCUCCCACGGCGCCGGCAUCGACGCCAUCGCCGUGGCCGCCGCGGCCCAGCGGGGUAUUCCCGUGGCCAACACGCCGGGCACCAACGCCCAGUCGGUGGCCGAGCUGACCGUCGCUCUCGCCCUGGCCGCGGCCCGCCGCCUGCCGGCGGCCGAGCGGGCGCUGCGCGCGGGCGACGGGUCGUUUCGCGAGCGCCACCGUUUCUUCGAGCUGGCCGGCCGCCGCGCGCUGAUCGUCGGCUUCGGCGCCAUCGGGCGGCGCAGCGCGCGGAUCCUCGCUCAGGGCUUCGGUCUCGACAUCCUGGUCUGCGCCCCGCGCGUCGACACCGCCGAGCUGAGCCGGCUCGGCUACCGCCGCGCGGCGGAUUUGCACGCGGGGCUGGCCGCCGCCGACCUGGUCUGCCUGCACGCCCCGCUGACGGACGAGACCCGCGGCCUGCUCGACGCCGCGGCCUUCGCCCGGCUUCCGCAGGACGUGCUGCUGGUCAACACCGCGCGCGCCGGCCUGAUCGACGAGCCGGCCCUCCUCGCCGCGCUCGAUGCCGGCCGCGUGGCGGCCGCCGGCCUCGACGUGUUGGCGCCGGACAGCCCCUUGCGCGACCAUCCCGACGUGAUCCUCACGCCCCACCUCGGCGGCUCGACCGAGGAGAGCCUGGCACGCACCGCCCUGGCCGCGGCCGACUGCGUCCUCCAGGCCCUCGCCGGCCAGCAUCCCGACAGCAUUGUGAAUGCCGCCUGCCUGGAUGGCACCAUCGACCGCCUCUUCGCCGCGCUGGCGCCGAUCAGCCGGCCCGGCGAGGGCGUCACGCGGCCGGCCUACAGCGCCGAGGAGCAGGCCGCCCACGACCUGAUGGCGCGCGAGGCGGCGGCUCUCGACCUGGAGGUCGCCGCCGAUGCGAUCGGCAACCUCUACAUGACCCUGCCCGGCCGCGACCGCGCGCGCCCCGGCAUCGUGAUCGGCUCGCACCUGGACAGCGUGCCCGGCGGCGGCGCCUACGACGGCGCGGCCGGGGUGGUCGCCGGCCUCGCCCUGGCGGCGGCGCUGCGCGCGGAGGACGCGCGCCCGCCGGUCGACCUCACGGUCAUGGCGGUGCGCGCGGAGGAGAGCGUCUGGUUCCCCGUCUCCUACCUCGGCUCGCGCGGGGCGCUCGGACGCCUGGAGCCGGCGGCGCUGGCGGCGCGGCGCAGCGACACCGGGCAGACGCUCGAGCAACACCUGCGCGCGGCGGGCUUCGACCCGGAAGCGAUCCGCCACGGCCGCGCCGCGCUGUCGCCCGAGCGCGUCGGCGCCUACCUGGAGGUGCAUAUCGAGCAGGGGCCGGUGCUGCAGCAGCGCGGUCUCCCGCUCGGCCUGGUGACCGGCAUCCGCGGCGGCCUGCGCUUCCGCGAGGCCCGGAUCACCGGCGCCUGGUCCCACUCCGGCGCCACGCCGCGCGCCCUGCGCCAGGACGCCGGCCUCGCCCUGGCGGAGGUCAUGAGCGGCGUCGAGCGGCUGUGGGACGAGGCCGAGGCGGCCGCGCGCGACCUGGUCGCCACCUUCGGCAUCUUCGGCACCGAGCCGGCGCGCCACGCCUUUUCCAAGGUGCCGGGCGAGGUGAACUUCUGUCUGGAUCUGCGCAGCAGCGAGGCGGCGCUGCUGGACGAGCUGCCCGCGCGCCUGACGGCGCUGGCCGCGCAGGUCGGCGCACAGCGGCGGGUCGCGGUCGAGCUCGGCCCGAUCAGCCGCAGCCAGCCCGCGCGCAUGGACGACGGCCU